AUGGAUAGUACCGUACCUAUAAAUGUGCAUGGACAUAAUGGCCACUUAAUGUCCUUGAGGUACACAACCCUUUGGCCAAAAGAUAAAGAUGGCAUAAAUCUGUUACCGUACUUAUACUGCCAGUUCCUUUCAAACAAGUCUAUCACGGCUUUCGAUCACAACGCUGCUUGGGGCGGAUGCCUCGAUGUCUCCAACGGUCGUCUUUAUUUUCUUUUGUCAGGAGGCACAUUGCCACAUCAAAGAAGGAAUGAGGCUCCGCCCUCUAACUUCCAGUCGCCUAUAACUCGAUCCGGCAUGGCUUUUCUAGUCUAUCAAAUCCUCAAGAGGUGCGCCUCUCAAGCAAACGUCUUAUCAACUGUUAGGCAUCUACUCUGGAGGCACAUAGCUCCCCCAGAGGUUCCCCUGAUUUCCAGGUUACAGCACCGACCGUCUCCUGUAUUCUCAAAACUAGACAGCAACAUGAACAAGGCAUGCGUCAACGGUCAUGACGGAGUCGUGCAACCACCACCGCUCGACCGCUUCCAGCAUGGCGUGCUGAUAGCCACGGAGCGAGGGGAGCGAAUUGCCUGGCCAAGCGAGGAGCAGAAUCCGGCUAAGCUGAAACCUUCCGCGAGUGCCAAUUACUAG